AGGACAUGGGAGGAUGUGGCAUCUGAAGCACUGAGGGCAGUCUGUCAAGUUUGGGAUGUCGCUUGAGCACAAUUCCUCCAUGACUGUCUAUGGACAGCAGUCCAUUUACGUCAUCAGCUCCAAUGAAAACAAUACAGAUCCCCUGUUUGUGAUCUCGACUCUAACCUCCCUCCUAAACGGCAGUGAUGUAGAGGGAGCUACUGCAUCGGUAUCGGACUCUCUUAGAAUUACAAGGUUUGUCGUUCAGAAAGUGUUAGUUCCAGUGAUAGUUACCAUUGGUCUUUUGGGCAAUAUUCUGAAUAUUGCAGUGUUGUCCCAUCCUUCUAUGAGGAACUCGACAAACAUAUACCUCAUGGCUUUGGGAUUUGCCGAUACCAUUUACCUCAUCUUCAUGUUUACAUUGUCCUUCAUCCAUUGCUCGGAUCAGAACCAGCCACGAUGGUCCCUACAGUUUAUUCCAUAUGGACGAGUGAUAACAGAUGUUGCUGGAAACUUCGCAGUGUGGAUUACUGUGAUAUUUACAAUUGAGAGAUACGUGGCUGUGUGUUUGCCCAUGAAAGGAAAGGUAUGGUGUACUGAAGGAAGGGCCAGAUUGUACUCGUUCCUGGCAAUGCUGUUUUGUGCUGUGAACACGCUCCCGGAAAUGUUUGAACUGGAAAUAGUACCUAAAGAUUCCGGGGGUUGGAAGUGUCGUUAUACGGCUAUGACGAAAGAGAAGAGCUACCAAAUUGGCUUCAACUGGUGGUAUGUCACCAUCUUUACGCUUGUGCCUUUUGUGUUCCUCAUCAUCUUCAACACUCUCCUCAUCCGAUCUUUGUUGAAAGCAAAGAAGAAGCGGCAGUUGAUGGUUCAGAGUAGCGUGAAUAAAAUGAAUGUCAAGUCCACUCGUGAAGAAAAUAAGGUCACGCUGAUGUUGGUGACAAUUGUCAUUAUUUUCCUGUUGUGCCAGCUUCCUUGGACAGUACUGCUGUUGUAUCGGUCAUACCUGGAUGAUCAUGGAAUCAAGGUGCCUGUUAAUGAUGUUAAGAUAGCGGGCAACAUCUGCAACUUUCUUGUUCAGAUUAAUGCCUCCAUCAAUUUCUACCUCUAUUCCUUCUUCAGCAGGAAGUUCAGAAAAACAUUCAAAGCAAUCUUUUGUUUUAAGGUAUUUAAUACAGCACCUGCUUCAGUGUAAGCUUCAUCCUGAAGACAAGUGAUUUACCCUUUUGAAGAAGACCUCCUGUCUUCGUACAGUGUAGAUGAAUGUGUGAUUCUGAUAAACAUGCUUUAGUCUUUCCCGGAUUAUGAGUUUACUAUGUGACACAGUAAUUGUCUGAAACGUGAUGAGUUGUUGUGUAUGUAACGCCAUGUGCUUUACGCAACAAUGUGAUAUAUCGUAGGCGAUUAAAAUCGAUUACAGUUAUAGUAAUCAUUAUGGAAACUCGAGAGUGUCUUCACUAAAUAUGUGAAUAAAUUCAGUGGAUUCCAUGAUGAUUCAUGGCAGUGUAGCACAUACCUUUAUCAAGCUAGUUGUAUUAGCUACAUGUCUCCUGUUUGUAUCUAGUACUGUGACAUGUUUCGUUGGAUAUCUUGUUUCUGCUAUUAGCAGUGAGUUAACUUUACCCAGAUGACCAUAAAUCCACCUCCGGGCCAUUGGUCGAGACAGCAUGGCCCUGAAUGUGGAUAUGUCACUUGGUAAAGAAUACAUGUCCGGCCCUCACGACAGCAUACACAUGAUUAAGUGUCUUGUGACAUUUUCUCUGUAUAAAGUAAGUACAAUAGCAAAGUCAAAAAUGGAUAUUUAUUCAAUAAACCUAUAUUCACUGUUA